GUGCAGACCGACCCGAAGCUGGGCUCCCCAAUGUACUUCUUCUUCCACAACCUGUCCUUCAUGGACAUGGUCUACACCACAGUCACUAUCCCCAACAUGUUGUCAGGCUUCCUGACCGAGGUCAAGACUGUUUCCGUCCCCGGCUGCUUCCUCCAGAUGUACUGCUUCAUCCAGAUGGCCGUCAACAACCGCACCCUGCUGACCGUCAUGGCCUACGACAGCUAUGUGGCCAUUUGUAAUUCUCUCCGCUACGCCGCUGUGAUGACCCGCCCCGUCCGCCUGCUCCUCAUCAUCGGGGCGUGGACCUUAGGCGCCAUCUGCACCCUCCCGGCCACUACCAUGGCAACGCGGCGUUCGUACUGCAGACCCAACGUGGUGCGCCACUGCUUGUGCGACCCAUCCUCAGUGAGGCGGCUGGUGUGAGGAGACACAGAUGGACAGUAUCAUGUCAGCACGGGCGGCAGGUAGCUUAGUGGUUAAGAGCGUUGUGCCAGUAACCGAAAGGUCGCUGGUUCUAAUCUCCUAGCCAACUAGGUGAAAAAUCUGUCGAUGUGCCCUUGAGCAAGGCACUUAACCCUAAUUGCUUCUGUAAGUCGCUCUGGAUAAGAGCGUCUGCUAAAUGACAAAAAAUGAAAAUAAAAAUAAUGUCACUGUCCUUUGCGCUUGUAGCCCUGCUCACCACGGGCGUGCUCAUCUUCACUUCCUACAUCGGCAGUGGUGUAAAAAUACUUUCAAGUACUACUUAAGUAGUGUUUUGGGGUAUCUGUACUUUACUUUACUAUUUAUAUUUUUAUAUUAUUACUUCACUACAUUCCUAAAAAAAAGUAUGUACUUUUUACUCCAUACAUUUUAGCUGACACCCAAAAAGUACUCGUUACAUUUUGAAUGCUUAGCAGGACAGGGAAAUGGUCCAAUUCACUCACUUACCAAGAGAACAUCCCUGGUCAUCCCUACUGCCUCUGAUCUGGCGGACUCACCAAACACACAUGCGUCAUUUGUAAAUGUCUGAGUGUUGGUGUGUUCCCCUGGAUUGCCGUAAAUAAAAAUAAAUAAAUAAACUGUGCCGGCUGGUUUGCUUAACAUAAAAAAAUUGAAAUGAUUUAUACUUUUACUUUUGAUACUUAAGUAUAUUUAAAACCAAACACUUGUAGACUUUUACUCAAGUAGUAUUUUACUGGGUGACUUUCACUUCUACUUGAGUCAUUUUCUAUUAAGGCAUCUUUACUUUUACUCAAGUAUGACAAUUGGGUACUUUUUCCACCACUGCUCAUCAGUGUGGCAGUAGCUAAAAUGGGCGCCGCCCAGCGACUGAAGGCGUUCACCACCUGUGCCGCCCACCUGACGGUUGGGUCCAUCUCUUACAGCUCCAACUCGUUCGUCUACAUCUACUACCAUGUGGGAAACUUCUCUCCAGAGGUGACCCUCCUCUUCAUUCUCUUUCUCCCCCUCCCCCUUUCUUUCUUCUGAUGUCUGUUUAACUAUGCCAUCAGACAACCUUCAGUCAACACUGUGAAUUCUACAUUCACCAGUUGAAGAGUUUGACUGAUAUUUGUGCCAUUACUCUGGUUACACAUGUCCUCUGAUUUGUGUCUUUUCACUGUUCAUAUCUACCGGUAUGCAAAAUGGGUUCCCACCAGGAGAUGACAGUGUUGUAUUAAUUGUGUGUCGCAUAUUGUACUGAUGCUCUUCAGUCAUUGUUGGUUUGUGUCAUGGUGGCAGGGCUGUGAUAAUCCUAAUAACAGGGUUGGGGUCAAUUUAAUUUAAAUUCCAGUCAAUUAGGAAAUUAAACCAAAUUCCAAUUCUAAUUCCAUUUUCCUUAUUGACUGGAACGAACUGCAAAAAUCUCUGAAGCUGGAGACUCUUAUCUCCCUCACUAACUUUAAGCGUCAGUUGUCAGAGCAGCUUACCGAUCACUGCACCUGUACACAGCCAUUCUGAAAUAAGCCCACCCAACUACCUCAUCCCCAUAUUGUUAUUUAUUUUGCUAAUUUGCACCCCAGUAUCUCUAUUUGCACAUCAUCUUUUGCACAUCUAUCAUUCCAGUGUUAAUUACGAAAUUGUAACUAUUUUUGCACUAUGGCCUAUUUAUUUAUUGCCUUACCUACAUAACUUACUACAUUCGCACACACUGUGUAUAUAUUUUCUGUUGUAUUUUUGACUUUAUGUUUUGAUUACCCCAUAUGUAACUCUGUGUUGUUGUUUUUAUCGCACUGCUUUGCUUUAUCUUGGCCAGGUCGCAGUUGUAAAUGGGAACUUGUUCUCAACUGGCUUACCUAGUUAAAUAAAGGUGAAAUGAAUAAAAAAAGAAAAAAAAUAUUUGAAAGGCAUUGGAGAGAAUUUGAAUUUCAAAGUACUUCCUGAAUUGACUGGAAUUUAAAUUUGACAUUUUAGUCAUUUAGCAGACGCUCUUAUACAGAGCGACUUACAGUUAGUGAGUGCAUACAUUUUCAUACUUGCCCCCUGUGGGAAACGAACCCACAACCCUGGCGUUGCAAGCACCAUGCUCUACCAACUGAGCUACAGGGGAUGAAUUGACCACAACCCUGCCUAAUAAUGCUGUGUAAAUGUUUAUAGGUAAAUAUGAUCAAGGUCGUGCUGUUAAUAAUGUUGUGAUAAGGUUGGAUAACAUUGUGUUGAUGAGGUAGGUGCGUAUCAUUGUUGUAUAAUAAUGUAUAACUUUUUUUGGGGUGCGGGGGGUUAUCAUUGUCGCAUUGCGGUUGUCUUAAUGUUGUAUUAAUGUUGUGUUAUUGUUGUAGGUGUGUAUCAUCGUGUCGGUGCUGUACUCAGCUCUGACUCCUUUCCUGAACCCGAUUAUCUACAGCAUAAGGAACACGUUGCUGAGAGAGGCCAUCAAGAGGGCCUUCUGCCAACACAGAGCCAUCUCACCACAGGGCCGAUAA